GAUUUACAGAUAAUCAGUACAGAUGAAAACCAGGUGUUUGUGGCUGUUCAGGAGUGGUACCAGACAGACACGUACAACCUGUACCAGUCUGACCCGCAAGGUGUUUACUACUCUAUCCUGCUAGAGAACGUCCGGAGCACAAAGCAGCCAGAAGAGAACGUCCUGAUAGAUAUUCUGGAGGUCAGAGGUGUAAAAGGCGUCUUUUUGGCCAACCAGAAAAUUGAUGGGAAAGUUACAACUCUGAUAACCUACAACAAAGGCCGUGACUGGGAUUUUCUAAACCCUCCAGACAUUGAUAUGAAUGGCAAACCGACAAACUGCAAACCUCCUGACUGCUACCUUCACCUCCAUCUCCGCUGGGCAGACAAUCCCUAUGUGUCAGGAACAGUCCAUACGAAGGACACUGCACCAGGGCUCAUAAUGGGGGCAGGUAACCUGGGGUCCCAGCUGGUUGAAUAUAAAGAAGAAAUGUACAUAACGUCUGACUGUGGGAACACGUGGCGUCAGGUCUUUGAAGAAGAGCAUCACAUCUUGUACCUGGACCAUGGUGGAGUUAUUGUGGCGAUCAAAGACACCUCCAUCCCUCUGAAAAUACUCAAGUUCAGCAUAGAUGAAGGCCAGACUUGGAGUACACAUAAUUUUACCAGCACUUCAGUCUUUGUAGAUGGAUUACUUAGUGAACCUGGAGACGAGACACUGGUCAUGACAGUCUUUGGACAUAUUAGCUACCGUUCAGACUGGGAACUAGUGAAGGUGGACUUCAGACCAUCCUUCCCCAGGGAGUGCACUGAUGAUGACUAUGAAUCUUGGGAGCUCACAAAUCUACAGGGUGAUCGUUGCAUCAUGGGCCAGCAGAGGAGCUUUCGGAAGAGGAAGAUUUCAUCAUGGUGCAUUAAAGGGAGAAGUUUCACAUCAGCUCUCACAUCUAAAGUUUGUGAAUGUGUGAACUCCGAUUUCUUAUGUGAUUAUGGGUUUGAGCGCUCUGCACCUCUGAAGUCGCAGUCUAGCAAAUGCUUUGCUGACUUUUGGUUUAACCCAGAAGCACCUCCUGAAGACUGCGUGCUGGGGCAGGCAUACACCAGCAGCACUGGGUACAGGAAAGUUGUUUCUAAUGUGUGUGAAGGUGGCGUGGACCUGCAGCAGAACUUAGCACAGCAUAUGUGCCCCUUGAUUGCUCCCAAGGGACUUCAGAUCAGCAUCAGAGAAGAAAGUCUGGCUGUUAAGCCUGGGGAAGACAUCACCUUCAUCGUCAGACAAGAGCAGGGUGAUAUACUGAAUACCAAAUACCAGGUAGAUCUUGGAGAUGGCUUUAAGGCAAUAUAUGUGAACCUUACGAUGACUGGAGAACCCAUCCGUCACCGCUAUGAGAAUCCUGGAAUUUACCGUGUCUCAGUGAAGGCUGAGAAUGUGGCUGGGCAUGAUGAGGCUGUGGUGUUCAUCCAAGUGAACUCUCCACUGCAGGCUUUAAAUUUAGAAGUGGUUCCAGUUGUUGGGAGAAACCAGGAGGUGAAUCUGACAGCCAUCAUACUGCCGAAGAACCCCAAUUUGACAGUCUUCUACUGGUGGAUAGGAAACACUCUUCAGCCACUCCUUACAUUGGACAAUUUUCUGGUGACAAAGUUUGCUGAGACAGGUGACGUCAGAGUUACAGUGCAGGCUUCCUGUGGGAGCUCCAUGCUUCAGGACUCAAAAGUUGUCCGCGUUUUUGAUCAUUUUCAUGUCCUUCCUCUGAAGUUUACUAAGCACCUGGACAUGUACAACCCCGACAUACCAGAGUGGAGGCAAGACAUAGGGCGGGUAGUAACACGACUUCUUGCAAAGGACACCAAUAUACCCGAAGAAACACUCAUGACAGUCGUGAAACCUGGUCUGCCCACAACAGCUGACUUGCAUGUGCUACUACCAGCAAACCAACCAAAAAGGAAGAGAAGUGUAACUAGUGAUAAGAGAAUAGCGGCUAUAAAGCAGGCCUUGAAUGCACACAACAUCAGUUUCUUUCUGAGGGGAGGAUACUGGGUCUUAGUGACUUUAGCUGACUCCGGUUCAGACUCUCGGAGAAUUGGAGGAGGCAGUGGCUACUGGGCUAUUGUGGUUCUCUUUGUUAUCUGUCUAGUUGCAGUUGGGGCUUUCAUCCUCUACAAGUUCAAAAGGAAACUGCCAGGCAGAAAUGUCUACGCCCAGAUGCACAACGAAAAAGAGCAGGAGAUGACAAGCCCUGUUAAUCAUAGCGAGGACACCCAGAACAUCAUCCAGGGUGAGGAGUUUAUUGAUGAUGAUCUGGACUCUCAAACACUAGGUAACGCAAGAGUGACUCCUUCUGGGAGAAGUGGCAACUUGAACAGCUACAGAGUUCCCCUAUUGCUGAUGCCGGUCAGUGUCCAGUCCCAGGCAAUCACUCAGGCGUGGUUUUGA